GUGUUUAUUUUAGACAGUUUUUCCUAAGCCUCACCUGCUCUGAGUGAGGGGUAAUGAAUUUAGGCCAGACAUAAUGUGAAUUAGACAAAUGGGGAGGGAUUGCUGAGCAGGCAGGUGAAUUCCUAGAGAACUAAUCCAUCCUAAGAUUUGCAGGGAAGCACAAAAUCAUACAUGCAGCAUAGCAAUGACACCCUGUGUAAUAGAGCCCCAACUGGUACAGCCUUAUGGGGUGCAAACUUUUAACUGAGAGCAAAAGGUGAUGAUUCUUUUUGGAAGCAUUUACAUCUGGAAUCAGAUACUGAAAGCUGCAGGUCUGUUUCUUCUAAUUUAAAGGUGUUUCUGCAAGCACAUGCACCUAAAACCACUCUCUGUAUAGCAGCAACAAAUUUAUAGGUGUCAUCCCAUACAUUUUUGUGUUUAAAAAUAAAUAAAGGUUGCUCAAAAGCCUGGGAAAGACUGUAGGGAGAUCUUGAGGGUCAAAGAUGUAAGAAAAAAAUAAUUAAAAUGUUGAGUGUAGGAAAUAAGAGUAAACAUUUCAUAUAAUUAAGUCGUUAUUUGAUGUGGGUAAGUGAUACCUUUGUCUCUGCCCAGUGGCCAGGAGGUGGCCAGUGGGGACCAUCCUGGGGCUGUCCCUGCUGGAUUUCCUUGGUAAGGGGCCCCACAGGGCAGUGCUGGAACGUGCCCAAGCUCAGCUCACCCAGCUUCUGGCUCUGCCAGAGUAAAGGGUUCACCAUGACCAGGAAUCCCCUGGGCACCAUCCCACCUGCAAAGGAACUGGAAAGAGAGAGGCAUCCUGCCCGUUCCUACACUGCUUCUGCAACAAGUAAUAAGGCAUGCCUGACCCACUUAAAGAGUGUUUAUCUAGUACUGAUAGUGUCCAGCAUGCAUCAAAUAUGUCUCCUAAAUUAUCUCUGCUAAAUACACUCAAUACCAUCGGGUUUGGCUCCAAAUGCUUUUGAUUCCAGUUGAUAUCAAUCAGGUUUGGCCUGUGGAGGAAUCCUCAGUACAAAGGGUUGGAAAUUAAAUUCAGUAUAGGGUACUUAACCAGUGUCAUGGGGGCAGCAGUGCAGUAGCUGUGUGAACUAUUCCAGUGGCAGCAAAAAACCAAAACAACCCCAAAACCCUAACCAGAACAACAACAACAACAAAAACAAACAAAAACCAAACCAACAAACAACUCCCCAAACCAAAACAAACAAAACCCCAAACCGAAGAAAAUAACAAAAAAAGCCACAAACAAAAAAAAAACUCAAAAAGGGUUGAUCUAACUCGAAUCCUUUCAAAAAUCUAGAUUAGAGCCUAGCCAGGAAGGAAUAAAAUAAGCUGAUGUGGGCACGUUUUGUGUGGUAAUCACUAGAGUUGUGACUGCCGCAGUAAGAAUGCUGCACACUGUUCCUGUGGUUAGCUCUUCACUUAAAAUAGAUGUGAGAAUGUUCUAGAGAAUACAAGAAAUAUGAGAAGGAUGAAAGUAAAUCUGUCAAGCUCGGAAGAAUAAAUGUCGCUGACACAGAUAUUGUUGCUUUACUCAGAAAUAAGAAAAAAGUCUAAAUGCUAGAAUGCAGUAUUUUUUCUCUGUAGGAGCUAAGCAAACAGUUCCUGUGCCUUUCCCAGCCUGGGGCUCAAAUGGUACGUGCUGUGGUUGGAAAUGCUAACCUGAAGGACACCUGCACACCCUGGAUCUCUUUUUUGCCAUGUCAUCUGACAGCCACCAGCUCCACACCCAUUCCUACCAGGACUCUUGUCACAGUCUCUUGAAUGUCAACUGUCACCCCCUAUCCAAGAGCUCCUCAAAUCUGGCCUGUAUUGGGCACUCGAGGAGUUUAGAGGAAAGGCAGAACAAACAGGAGCUGAAGAAAAGCCACAGUAGCACCAUCUGCCAUAUCCUGGAAAACAGGAGUGAUGCAAGGAGCGUGCAGAGUUCUGGAUGGUCCUCCUCACAGCCUGGGAUGAUGGGACUGGGGUCAGAGGUCCAAACCAUAAAUGACCAGUCAGCCAACGACCAUUCAAAGGGCAGAACUAAGAAUACAAACCAUGUUCUUGUCACUGAACAGUCAUCAGCAUCCUGGGGAGUGGGGGACACCAAGAUGUGUGUGAAGAGCUGCACUGUUGAGAAUGUUUCUUCAGCCUGCUUUGUUCACCAGCAAGGCGUGUAUAAAAUGGAAGAAUCAGGAGCUGCCCUUCAGAGAAGCCACUCAGACCUAACCUGCAGCUGCAAACAGCAGACUUAUGUCACUCACGUAGAAACCAGUGCUACUCACUGCAGCCUAAGCUCUUCUGAUUGCAGGCAUGGUCCAGUCGCUAAGAUGCCUUUCCAAACGCAGAGAUAUGGAUCAGAAACAAAUGAAAAUACAUCUCACUAUCAAAACCUUGUGACUCAUCUUCCUAGAGACCAACAAGUACCCACAAACACCUUUGACAGUGGCAGUAUUCCACAUAACACUACUGUUUACACAGACCCUGGCACAUUUCACGCUGCUGUUCUAGGACCCCGUAUGCCCGGAAAUGGUUUCCCAAACAGGACAAUGUUCAGCCAAGCCCCUGGGAUUAUUCAUGGUGGUCUAACUUACAGUAACAUUCCCAACUCUGCGUACUCCCCCGUGGUGAUGACGGUUCACAACAACUCUGCAGGGCCCUGCAGUCUCCGGCAGGAUGCCUUGAAGGCAGAUGCCACCAUCCCGGCCUAUUGCCACUCCUUGCCCAUCCCGUCCAUCCAGCUGCUCCCGCGGUUGGCGUGCUCCGUCAGUGAGACAGAGAAGGAGCAGGCAGCACCUGGCUACUUCCACUCCCUUUCUGCUUCAGACAUUCUGACAUAUCCUAAGCUGGUGUCUUCAGUAAGUGAAUCAGGCCUGGAUGCCAAGAAAAUCCUGAAGUGCUGUAACGUUCCUGGAGAACAACUGCAAUCUGCUCAGCAGGAGAGAGCUCCUCCGGAAGCCAAGGCUGCUCGUGUUGCCCUGAGCAGCCAGCAAGGUGCAGACAUGGUAGUGACAACUAAGGAUAUGUGGACUAUGACCUCUAUGAAUGACAUAACCAAAGGCCUGAAACCAGCUCUGGAGCGUAGAGAUGCUGAGGUACAAACUCUUCCAACCAUGGAAUGCAAAUCGGUGGCGACAAGCCCAGCAGUGGCAGCUGAAGGUCACUCACAUGUGUUCCCAGAGGUGAACCUGGAGCAAGGCUUGGAGGCCCCCAAAUCUCCAGUUCGUGAAGUGAGAUGGGAUGAUGAAGGAAUGACGUGGGAAGUGUAUGGGGCAUCUGUGGAUCCAGAAGUCCUCGGGGUAGCCAUUCAAAAACAUCUCGAGUUUCAAAUAGAACAGUUCCAGACAGAGCCUGCUGAGGCAGCUGAGAAAAGUAACGAGGAGCCACCCCCUGGAAAAACUGGGAAAAAAAGGCCUUUCAGAACAAUGAUGCAUUCCCUGAGAUAUCCAAGCUGUUGUGCUCGCUCCAGCACUGCAGUGGAGUGAGCACAGCUCCAGGGUGUAGGAUAGCUGUGCUGUUUUUGAAUUGUACAUAAAUGCUGACUCCUAAGUGUUGACACAGUGUAUGGGGACAGCCCUCAUCAGGAUGAGUGGGAAAAGUUCAGUGAUCCUCAAAUAUACAUUAAAGCAAGGAAAAGUCCAUGGCUGGGCCAUAUAACAGAGAGCAUAAGAUUAUACUUAAAGAAUGCCAUUGCUCUUGACUGUAUUUAAUGUAGCACUGUUUUCUUCUAUGUUAGUUUUAAACUGUAUUGUAAGGAAUGGAACUUCUUUUUUAAUGAUACAUCUUUUUGAAAUAAUGAUGACUUUUUUUCUGUAUUUUAAUAAUUUAGGAUUAGAAAACAAAAUUUAAAGUUAUGCUUUAAUUAAAGUUCUUAGCUUUCAAUCACAUUCCCUUAAAUUGUUUUGGCAGCUGUUCUGCUGUUAAUUUUGUAAUUCUAACUAGAAGUCCACUUUAACUGUAGACAAAAUAACAAACUAGUGUACUGUUCUAUGAUAAAGAAUUGUAACUUUUUGCUACAUAACUGUGAAGUAAUGUCAGUGUUGCUAGUCUGAACUAUUCCCUUAGCAAGCUCAUGUACAGUUGAAGGACAUGCUAUCAACUUUCCAGUUAGUCUGUAGUUAUGAUGAAUUACCCUCUAAAUAUCCCGAGCUCAUGUUUACCAGGUGAUUUACAAAUGUACAGUAUUACCAAAGAUGACUGGUGUCAUGUGAAUUACUUACUGAUGCUUGUUUUAGAGACCUGAAACGGCAGCUGUUCAAAUUAGCCUGUGGCACCACCAUACCCUACAACUCACGAGCAGGUUUGGUUUGCUUAUAUUAAAAGUCAUUUCCAGUGAGUUUUUUUAAUGUGCAUCUGUCCUGAGCAGUGGUCAUUUGGCUCUUGCAUAAGCCAUAGGGGACAGCUUGCCCGUAACCUUUGCCUGUCUUGUGUUCCCUCUCUAGUCUGACGUCAGGCAUCUGCUGAAAGUGAGACCUUGUGUCCCCCCCAAAGGACAGUCCUAAGGUUAUUCUGAGUGCCUUGGUCAUUUGGGCAGCUUAAAGAUUUAUUUUCUUCUAAAAACAACUUUGCAAACAAGUUUUCAGUGAGAAACCUGUUAUGAUAGUGUAAGGCAGCCGUGGUGCAGGGCCUGUUUGAAGUGAAAGGUUGGUCAAGGAAGCUGAGAAUACUGUUUCCAGUGUCAUGUGUGCCUUUGGUGAAUGCCUAAGAUUCUUGGGGAAACAAGAUGUGCAAUUUUUUUUUUUUUGUGAGAGAGAAGAGAAACAUUCAUUUCUGUCUCAAAGGAGAACCUGCAGUUUCUGAGAACUUACUGCUGUGGAAUUACUCACUCUUACUUUAAAUGUGUGUGCUUGUGCUUUGUUGGUUUGGUUUCAGUUCCAGUAAGUUAGCAGACUGUCUCCAUAAUGUUCACCUGACAUUUGCAUAUCAAGAGGUGAUUAGGACAGCUUUAAACUUUCAUCUAGAAAAUCCUUAAAUGGAGGACCUCCUCCUGGAAUGUCCUGUGAUGCAUUAAUUUAAUGAUGUAGAGUAGUUCAAUAUCAGAUUUCCAUUGCUGGGCAAAGUGGGAUUUAACAGAGCUGACUCCUGUGAAAUUCACUUUGCGUUCAGGAGGCUUCAUGCAGACCCUGGGACUUUGGCCUCGAAGAAGUCUGAGCUCAAAUGAGUUUUAUACAAACCAAGCGUGAAACCACUGGAAUAUAAUGCCUUACUCAGGAUGCCUCUAUGGCUGUGAGCAUCUAAGUUCUGGUAAUGAUUCUGGAUGUUAAAAUUCCUUUUAUUGAAGCUUUAAUAGGAGUAAGGAAGUAAUGAGUAACUAAAUAAAGUCACUCUGCUGUUAUUUAGAGUUUAGCUAACUCUUUAAGCAGUUUCUAUGUGAGCUUAUUUUAUGGUCCAGAAUACUGAACAUUGAUUUUUUCCUUUCUUCAAACAUUACACUUUGAGAAUUUUAAGCACUGUAUUGGUCUAAAGCCUUGUGCUGUCUAUUAGCUUGUCCUUGGGUGUGCAGAAGAAUUAAAGAUUUAAGGAGUCAACCUAAAGCUUUAAAAUAGCAAGAGCACCUUCCUCCCACAGCCAUUGUAAUCCAUACUUUAUUUGACAUGUGGAAAAUCUGUAUUCUCCUUCCCACCUCUGCCAUUCCGAGCACCUCUCCAAAAUAAAGCCCCCAGCUGUAGGAAGAUGAUAUAAUAAGACCAGUAUCAAACUGAUCAGAAAGAGAGAGUUUGCAGAAGGAACUGGAAUAAUAGGGCAAAGUCCCUAAAUUCUUUGGCUGUUGUGCUAUAAAACCUGGAACCAUUCUUGUAUUUCACACAGUUCUGGUGUCAAUUACUUAUGGUUUAUGCAUUGGUGUGACUUGCUACUACACUCCUAUACACUGAUUAUCAUUCCUGGGUAAGAAAAAUAAAUUAUAAGUAAAGGCAAAGGAUACCACUGAUUUGCAAGUUCAGAAAAAGAGAUGCUCACUCAUGACGGGCAUUCUGAUCUUAUUAAUAAUCAGAGUUGCUGUUAUUUACAAAAAAUACUGUUUAUGUUUGAGGACUUCCUACACUUUUGGAAAGGUUUAAAGUCCAAGAAUAUAAUGGAAAUCUGAGAAAAAACCCAAUACCAAGCAUUCAUUUGAAUAUUAGCUACAGGGAUAAAACAAAUUGUUUUACUUGUACAAUCAAAGUCUUAGAAAAAGGGCUAUUUUGAUUCAUUUUGCAUUUGGGUUCAAUUUUUUUUUAAAAAAUCAAAUGCAGCCAUUUUGUAUAUUAAGUAUUCUCUGUUGAAAUGUUACUCUUGUAAAUGUGAGAACUCUGUUUUUUUAAUGUUUUCUAACUUAGGAAAAUCCAAAUCCAUUAUAUUCUACUCUUAAAUAUAAAUAAAGUAGCAGGAAAACUCA